AUGUUGGCAACUCGCAGAUUGGUCUGCUGGACGCUGAUCGCCGUGUGGUGUGCACUGUUUGGCACCAAAGAGGCGUCAGCUACAUUGGCAAACCCAGUCAUGUGGAUCUUGGCGCAUCAAAGCCUCAAACAGGCUCGUGUCGACCCUAUCGUCACGCCUGGGGGAGUGUCGUCUCAUGUUCACUCGCUUGUUGGCGCGAAUGGUGUCAGUGCCGACACCACCACGGCCGAGAGCCUAGAGGCAGCUUCGACCUGCACUACAGCUGGACUGCACGCCGACAUGUCGUCGUACUGGGCACCUUCACUCUACUCGAUCAAUCCGGAUGGCACUUUUACCCCGAGACAGUUGUACUACGUCAAUACGUACUACCUGAUGAGGGGCAAUGUCGAAAUCAAAGCGUUUCCUAGAAGGACUUCAACUGCUGGCGGGCAGUGCAAUGCGCAGAGGACCAGGACCUACGAAGCAAGCCGACAAUACGGCAUCGUUUGUUUGCCCUCAACUACGCCGACGGCAGCUCGCAAUCAGAGACGAUUCCUGCACGAGCUUGUCCCGCAAGGGCUGCGGCUGCAGGUGACGUUCCCGUCGUGCUGGAAUGGCAAGGAUCUCGUCUCUGCUGAUCACUCUCACGUGGUAUACCCACUGGGUGAUGACGCAGAUCAAGGUGCAUGCCCAGCGUCGCACAGCGUUCGACUGCCAACCUUGUUCUACGAAUUCGUCUGGGACGUUACCGGCAUCACCAACACCAACAACUCGGAGCUGGUGCUUUCUAACGGUGAUUCGAUGGGAUACUCUUUCCAUGCCGACUUUAUUUCCGCCUGGGACGAGACGAUUUUGCAGGCAGCCAUCGAUCAGUGUGGAGGCAGCUUGUUUAACGAUCUGGAAUCCUGCCCUCCACUCGCACAGACGCUGGACAGACAAGCUUCGCGUGACUGCACGGCGACCUCAACAGAAGCCAUGUCGGGCACCUUGGCUUCGUUGCCCGGCUGCAACAUGGUUUGGAACGGUCCACACGCUGGAAUAGGACUGACGGCAGGAUGCGACCCGACCAAGGUGGUGAUGAAGCCCGAUGGCUACAUGGGCAGUUCCAACAUCAGCUCGAGCUCGAGCUUGAGCUCUAGCUCUCUUUCGGCGACUUCUUCGACGGCACCAACCACAGAAGCAACCAAGAACACGGCAGUAGCGGCAAGUAUGACCAAGUCCAAGACUAGAAGGGUAAAGCAAACGCCCAAGGCAACACCUGCUCCCAAGAAGAAACACAAGUCGACGGCCAUAAAUAAGAAGAAGCACAGGCGGCCUACCAAGGUGCAGCGAAAGAAGAGGCCGAGAAAGUGCUCUUGA